AUGUUGAUGUCCGGUGAGAUGAGCGGAGAUCCACCCAGGAGUCUUAAUAUGAAGGAGAAAUUUGAUAGAUGGAUGGUUAAUGAUGGGUGGAGAAGAUUAUUCGUUACAAUAUUCGCUUUGGUGCAUGUCCUUCUGUUUGUGGUUGGUAUGCUUAACUAUAGCUUGAAGGACAAUCUUAGCAAAGCUAGAGGAUUGCUUGGAUCUAGUUACGCUGUUGCGAGAGCUGCUGCUUUGGUGCUGCACUUUGAUGUUGCCGUGAUCUUAUUUCCUGUAUCUCGCACACUUAUUUCUCUUCUGAGACAAACACCCUUGAAUGGCGUUAUACCCUUUGAUAAGAGCAUAGCAUUCCACCAAAUAACUGCAUGGUCAAUCGUGUUCUUCUCACUACUACACACCAUUGCACACUGGGUCAACUUUGCUCGCAUUGCAGGCUCCGAAGGCCUAGGAAUCAAAGGCUUCCUCCAACUUAACUUCACCACGGGCCCUGGAUGGACCGGAUACAUUAUGCUAGUAGCCUUGGUGGCAAUUGCACUAACGUCUUUGGAAGGCCCACGAAGAGCAAACCAUGAACGAUUCUGGAAUACCCACCAUCUCUUCAUUAUCUUUUUUCUAUUCUGGUCUUUCCAUGGAGCAUUUUGCAUGAUCAAACCUGACCUACCCCCCUUUUGCGAUGGAACAGGCGUGUUCUAUCUCUACUGGAUAUUUGGAGGCUCUGUGUAUCUGCUGGAGCGGCUCAUGCGAGAAGUUAGGGGUAAACACAGGACGGUUAUCACCAAAGUAAUUCAGCAUCCAAGCAACGUCUUUGAGAUCCAGCUUCAAAAGGAGAAAACAAAGAUGAGACCUGGCCAGUAUAUCUUCAUCAACUGCCCAGUAGUAUCAAUAUGGCAAUACCAUCCCUUCACCCUUACUAGUGCUCCUGAGGAGGAUUAUAUAUCCGUACACAUACGCUGCGUUGGCAACUUCACAAAGGACCUGGCAAAAGCAGUUGGCUGUGACUUUGACGAGAAAGAACAGCCUUCCUACGAGCGACGUAACAGGCGUGAGUCGACAGUGAUAGGCGUCAAUGCCAACACAAGUGAGCAAGACGUCGACCCAAGACUUCGUUGUAUACUGCCACGCAUUUUCAUUGACGGGCCAUUCGGCAGUGCAUCUGAAGACGUGUUUAAAUUUGAAGUAGCGGUGUUAGUCGGUGCUGGAAUCGGCGUUACCCCGUUCGCCUCCAUUUUAAAGAGCAUAUGGUAUCGAAUGAGUCAGCGACAGAACAAGACACGGUUGAAGAAAGUGUACUUCUUCUGGGUCUGUCGAGAUUUUGGCUCCUUUGAGUGGUUCAGCUCAUUGCUGCUUGCCAUAGAGGCCCAGGACAGGUAUAGUAACAUUGAGAUCCACACGUAUCUCACGGCCAAAAUCCAAUCUGAUGAUGCAACGAAUAUUAUGAUCAAUGACGCCGACGCUGACCGAGACGCCAUCACUGGUCUCCGUGCCCCCACCAAUUUUGGCCGACCAAACUGGGACAUGGUUUUCCGGUCAAUCCGGAAGAUUCAUGCCCCAGCUGAGGCGGGAGUAUUUUUCUGUGGACCAAAGGCGUUGGGCAGCGUUCUGCAUGUGAAAUGCAACAUGUACUCCGAGCCAGGUUUCAAUUUCGUGUGGGGAGAGGAGAAUUUUUAA